AUGUUGUUUUUUCUUGUCAUCCUCACGGCUGUUUUGUCAUUUGCAUCAACCGAGCCGUCAUUUUGCAUUGACCUAGACUUAGUGAUUCACUGCUAUUCGCUUUCAAAUUAUGCUAAGGUGUCUGACUUUUGUUUACACCAUUCACUGAGAUAUGAGAACCAAACACUCUUCAUUGGAUUACAAAAUCUGACUAAAUUAGAGUGUUCCGAGGUCACUUUUAUCAACAUCGAACUUGACGACUCAGUCGACUUCUUUGAAGUUUUUCUUCAAAACGCGACGGUCACUUUUCAGAGUAAAAACGUCCGUUAUGAAAAUGUCUCGCACAAAGUCUUUGUAUUUUCAGACGCGGUGACUGUCCCAUCAGAUUAUAGUUAUAUUUCUAUUAUUAAUAGUUCCAGCAAUACUAUUAAAUCAACACUAAAAGGCGCCGGGUGUACUGUAGCGAAUUGUUACUCAUGUUCAAGCAGUUCAUUAUCGACAUGUACUGCAUGUUAUUAUAAGUACUAUUUAGAAAACAAUAUCUGCAAGCUUUGCGGUGUUAUUAAUUGUUACCGGUGCACGUCCUCCACGACAUGCACUGAAUGUAUAUAUGGAUAUUACUUAUCAUCACUAACGUGUAAGAAGUGCACCACUUCAAAUUGUUACAGGUGUGAUAACUCCAACAUCUGCUUGGAAUGUCUGUACGGAUAUUACAAAGACUCCACUAACAAUUGUGUUCCAUGUUCAAGAACACUUUCUAGUUGUUAUCGUUGUUCUUCCUCUACAACGUGUGAUGUGUGUUACUAUGGAUCGUAUAUGAAUAAUGGAGUAUGCACAACUUGCCCUGUUAUUACCAACAAUUGUUAUUCGUGUAGUUCGGCAACGACGUGUUCGAGAUGCUAUUAUGGAUACUAUUUGACUUCAUCAACAAACACAUGCAACGCGUGUUCUUCGACAUUGUCGUAUUGUGACAGGUGUUAUAAUCAGACAACGUGUACUCAAUGUAAACCCGGCUAUUAUUUAUCGUCGGGGACAUGUUCCUCGUGCGGCGUAACAAAUUGUUACACAUGUCAAAGCUCGACAACAUGUAAAACGUGCUAUUCGGGAUAUUACAUUAACAACAACGUUUGUACGCCGUGCACAGAUACAAAUUGUAUGGUGUGCCCCACUGAAGAUCGGUGUUCCAAGUGUAAGUCGUAUCACUAUUCAAAGGAUGAUAAGUGCAUUAAAUGCGAUAGCACUAUAUCUUAUUGCAAUGAUUGUUACUAUAAUGAAAUUAGCUCAAAAGCAAUUUGCACAACUUGUAAAAGAGGGACGUAUAUAAGUAACGGCAUUUGCUUGAAUUGUACUUCACUUGUGGGGUGCUCUGACUGUUUAAUAAGUGGUCCCACGUGCACUGUUUGUAAGGGAGGGUAUUAUCUAUCUAAUGAAAAGUGCAAUGUAUGCAGCACUGGAUGCACAACAUGUACAUCAAAUACGGCGUGCUCUAAAUGUGCAGCGGGAUAUUAUCUGGAUGGGACGUCAUGUACAAUUUGUUCACCAACAUGUGCAAAGUGCAAUUCGGUGAGUGGAGUUUGCACAAGUUGUGCGACUGGCUUGGUGUAUGACUCACCGAAAUCUAAAGUGUGUGUGACUUGUACAACUUUUGACGCACAUUGUACUUCAUGUCCAACAGAGAGCAGAGUGUGUGCACAAUGUGCGACGAACUAUUACCCAAAAGGAGGCGUUUGUGCGCAAUGCUCAACGACUUGUCUCACCAAUAAUUGUAGUACAACCACUGGGAUAUGCUUACACUGUUCCUCUGGAUAUGUCCCAUACACUUCAAAUUCCGUUUCAUGUGAAUUGUGCAGCACUUUUAAUUCAUAUUGCCAGACGUGUUCACAAACAGAAAGGAAGUGUGUGGCGUGUAAAAGUGGAUCAUACCUUUCUGGGACUAGUUGUGUAACUUGUCAUUCAACGUGCGCAUCUACUUGCAGCACUACAACUGGAAUAUGCUUUUCGUGUAUCUCAGGCUACGUGCUCUCUUCAACUUCUUCAAAUCAAUGCGAGUUGUGCGAAUCGUUUGAUGCAAAUUGCUUGACGUGUGCGUCUGAUUCUUCUAGGAAGUGUAUUGCAUGUAAGACAGAUUAUUACAUCAACAGUGCAUAUACAUGCACACACUGCGACUCUUCGUGCUCUUCUUGUGAGCCAAAUGGCGGCAUUUGCAAAGUCUGUAAAGCCGAUUUUGUCAUGAAAAACCCGCCGGGGAUAGCGUGCACAGGAUGUUCUGAUUUAGACCCAAACUGUCUGAAAUGUGCGGCGGAUUCCUCGGGGUCUUGUAUCACAUGUAAAGGGGGAUAUUACCCUUCAAAAACGACUGGUAAUUGCAUUCCAUGUGAUUUAACAUGCAAAAGUGAUGCGUGCAAUGCGAUGACUGGGAUAUGCACUUCAUGUCAGAGCAAUUAUGUGUUUAAAAGUAACAAGGACGUGUCUUGUGAUUCGUGCAACACUUUUGAUGCACAUUGCUCGACAUGUGCGUCUGAUUUUAGUCGGAAGUGCAUCGUAUGUCGCUCAAAUUACUAUCCAGUGUACUCCUCAUCCACUCUUGAGACAACGUGUAAAGCGUGUGAUUUAACAUGUAAUGGAAAUUGUGACACAACAAAUGGUGUCUGUCGUUCGUGUAUAUCAAAUUAUGUGUUCAUUGCAGGUGGAGGAGGUACGUCUUGUGAAAAGUGCUCUUCUUUUGAUGCAAAUUGCUUAACUUGCUCAACGACUUUUAAUCGAAUUUGUACGACUUGUAAUAUCGGAUAUUACCCGUCACCCAAUACCGGGGCGUGCAUGACUUGUAGUGCAACCUGUCAAACUAACACGUGUAAUACAAGCACAGGGAAGUGCGAUAAAUGUGCAACAAAUUACGUGGUGACGUCCCCUCUUUCUACGGCGUGUAUGACGUGCAAAUCAUUUGACUCGAAUUGUAAAACGUGUUCGAGUACUUUUGAGAGGAAAUGCGUCCAAUGUGAGUCGGGGUAUUACCCUACAAGUAAUGGAUUGUGUACUCAUUGCUCGACGAAUUGCUCUUCGUGUAACCCCACGACUGGGAUUUGUGAACUUUGUAAUUCAAAUUACGUCUUUGAAGACCCCAAAUCAGUGAAUUGCACGUCUUGUAGUGAUUUUGAUAAAAAUUGCAAGACGUGUGAUUCUGCAUCGAAUAGAAAGUGUUCAAUUUGCACUUCCAAUUACUUCAAGACGACUUCUGGCGACUUCAAAUGUCGGAAAUGCGACGAUUCCUGUGGAGGAAGUUGCGAUGGCGCCACCGGCUAUUGCACCAGUUGUCUGAGUAACUUUGUUUUUAAUGCACAAAACCGGUCCAAAUGCGAUCCAUGUUAUGUGGCUAUUGCUAAUUGUUCUGCGUGUGCUUUGGACCACUCCAGAAUAUGCAAAACGUGUAGUUAUGGAUCUUACCCGUCACCCAUUGACGGGUUAUCUUGUGUGUUGUGCGAUCAAACGUGCCAAGCCACUUAUUGUGAUACCACAAAUGGCACGUGUAUUCGCUGUAAGAGUGAUUAUGUUUAUAAAAAUCCCCAUACGUACUCAUGUGAAUUGUGUUCCGUCUUUGAUCCGAACUGUCUUGUAUGUUCUAGUGUGUCUCAAAGGAAAUGUUAUGAGUGCAAAACUAAUUAUGCCCCAGUGUAUGCGGCUUCGGGCGAUUUGAAGUGCUCGCAAUGCGACGCGACGUGUGGUGGAAAUUGUAAUACGACGAAUGGACAGUGCGAGAGGUGUUUGGAGAACUACAUACCAACAGAACCAAUUUCUAAAGUGUGUGAGAGCUGUUCAACGGUGUUCCCGAAUUGUGUCAAGUGCCCAAUUGAUGAGAGAAAGUGCUUACAAUGCUCUGUGGGGUAUUAUCCGGAAGACUCCACUUCAGUAUGCAAAAGUUGUGACCAAACGUGUAACUCCCAGUGCGACUCGAUCACAGGGAAUUGUAACGAGUGUUUGACCAAUUACGUGUUUACUAGUCCGAAGUCCAGAGUGUGUGUAAAAUGCUCAGAAAUUGAUAUUCACUGCAAAAUGUGUUCACGGGAUUAUGCAAGAAAGUGUUAUGAAUGUAAUGAAGGGUAUUACCCACAUCCAGAGAGCGGAAUUUGUCAGUCUUGUGGUGCCAAUUGUGUCAAAUGUAAUCCUCUCAAUGGCAACUGCAUUUCGUGUAGUACAAAUGCAGUGAUUUCUGCAAGUGAUUUGAAAGUGUGUGAAUUGUGCUCGACAUAUGAUGCAAAUUGUAUGACGUGUUCAUCGACAUUUGAAAGAAAGUGCAUUGCGUGCAAACCAAAUUAUUAUCCAAAUGCGUCUGGAAAGUGCGGAGUCUGCUCGACGACAUGUGGCGGACAAUGUGAUACUAAAAAUGGGGUGUGCACUGCAUGUGAAUCAAAUAAAGUGUUUACCGAAAUACCAUCGACUCAAUGUGUAGCUUGUAAUACCUUUGACACUAAUUGUGUGACAUGUGCAGCGUCUUUUGAACGAAAAUGUGUGACGUGUAUGACUGGGAAAUACCCCAAAUUAGAUGGGAAGUGUUAUGAAUGUGAUUUGACAUGUAAUGCAAAGUGCAACACACAAACUGGACAGUGCACUGCAUGUAAAGAAAAUUACGUUUUUAAUACAAAUAAUAAACUGAUUUGUACGGCGUGUGCGGAAGCUAUUAGUAACUGCCAGACGUGUGCAAGUGACUAUUCUAAGACGUGUGUGGGGUGUAAAAGUGGAUACCAUUUAGUGUCCAAUACAUGUGUAUUGUGUAACAGUACAUGUAAUGGAAAUUGUGAUGGGUUAACGGGGAAGUGUCUUUCGUGCUCGUCCAAUUCGGUGUUUUCUGAAGACAAAAUGAGUUGUGUUGAGUGCAACACAUUUAAUUCCGACUGUGUUCAAUGUUCUCCAACAUAUGAGAGAAAGUGUAUAACGUGUACUAAUGGGAUGUAUGCCAAAGAUGGCGUUUGUGUGUCUUGUCCGACCACUUGUAUCAACUGUGAUGGGUCCAAUGGGGAGUGUAUUGAGUGUCAAUCCAACUACGUCAAACCAUCUGAAGGGGGUCAAGGGUGUGAGGCGUGUUCUUCAUUUGAUCCCAACUGUGUCACUUGUGCAUCCAAUGCUGAAAGAAAGUGUUCUGUUUGCACUUCCAAUUACUUCAAAACGACUUCAGGCGACUUCAAAUGUCGAAAAUGCGACGAUUCUUGCGGAGGAAGUUGUGAUGGAAACAAUGGAAAUUGUCUCAAAUGUGCUUCCAAUUACGUCUUAAAAGAAACAGCAAGUCCAACAUGUGAAGCGUGUCGAACCUUUGACACUCACUGUAAGACGUGUGAUUCUAAAUUUGUAAGAAAGUGUCAAAUAUGUGACUUGGGGUUUUACCCUUCUAAAACAACCGGGAAAUGCAUCUCGUGUGAUUUAUCAUGUUCUUCGACAUCGUGUAAUACUUCCAGUGGUAUUUGUUCAACGUGUGCUUCAAAUUACGUGUUUAAGAAUCCGAAAGAAAUUGCAUGUGAAAGUUGUACAUCUUUUGAUGCAAAUUGUGCGACUUGUGCGACUGAUUAUAGUCGGAAGUGCAUUCAAUGUCGCUCAAAUUACUAUCCCAAAACAGUGGGUGAUUUUAGAUGUCAACAGUGCGAUAGCACAUGUGGAGGAAAUUGUAACACUGUAAAUGGCUACUGUUUGUCGUGUCAAAGUGGAUAUGUGCCGACUCUGAGCGACCCACUGAAGUGCGAAAGUUGUCAACUUUUUGAUAGCAAUUGCGAAGAGUGUAUACCAAACAAACGACAGUGUAAGAUAUGUAAGCGUGGGAUGUACCCUGACGAGACGAGUAAAAAGUGUGUGAAUUGUGAUUCUUCGUGUGAUUCAAUGUGUUCCACAACUUCAGGAGUGUGCGAAGGGUGUAAGUCCAAUUUUGUGUUUAACGACCCGAAGACCAAAACAUGUCAAAAUUGCUCUUCAUUUGAUGCAAAUUGUGAGACGUGUUCAGAGACUUUUUCAAGGACUUGUAUCAAAUGCAUAAGCGGAUUUUAUCCCAAUAAAGUCACGGGAAUCUGCAAUGGAUGCGACUCAGUCGCUCCAAAUUGUUAUAAAUGUCUGACAACGGAGAAUAAGUGUACACAAUGUUUUGAUCCCUUUAUACUCAAGUCGGGGACAUGUUCUUUGUGUCCAACUGGGCAAUACAAAAAGGAUGAAAUGACAUGUGAAAGUUGUUAUUCAAAACUUGUGAAUUGUUUGGAGUGUACAACACCUGCUUCUGGGAGUGCGAAGUGCACCAAAUGCUAUGCGCCAUAUAUCCCAGACGAAAAUGGGAAUUGCCGGGCAUGUGUUGAAAAGACGGAGACGUACUUCUAUGAUGAAAUCAAUAAGAUUGGGACAUGUAAGAAGAAUGAGGAGGGGUGUUCCAUCCAAGUCGAUAAGAAGUGUAUGAAGUGUAAUGCAACUGCCUUUGUUUCGAACGGCGACUGCGUGUCGACAAAACAGUGUCAAGCGCCUUCGAUAAAAACACAGAGCUCGUGUGACUGCGCUGACCAAAUUUCUAUAAAUAGUGAUUGUGCAACAAGAAGUGACCACUGCAAAUAUCAAAAGACGAAUAAGGGAGUUGUUAGUUGCAUUAAUUGUGAUGAUAAUUACACAGUGUUAGAUGGAAACUGUGUUUCCAAUAACAACGACAAUUUGAAUAGAAACGGCAUCAUUUUUGGCUGUCAAAGUGGUGAAUUUUUAAAUACAGAAAACGUGUGUUCUUCAUGUGACUUGGAGACGUCAUGUAUUUUAUAUAAAAAUGAAAUCAAAAAGCUUUCGUGUGGUCAAAAUGAGAUCUUAGACAUCUCAACGGCGACGUGUGUGACCGACGAAAAGUGCAGUGAAACCCUCACAAGUGGGUGUGUCAAAUGUGCAGAAAAGUCCAAUCAAAUCUCAGAAGGACGAUGUGAGAAGUGUCUGAUAGAACAUUGCGACAUCUGCCAUGGAACGAAUUGCUCAAGAUGUGAGAGCGGCUUCUUAUUAACAAACAGCAAAUUGUGUUCCCAAGCGAACGAAGUUAAUUGCAUGAGAACUUCUGCAACAUCGUGUGUGGAGUGUGGAGAAGGGUACUUUGUGAGUGAUGAUAAGAGCGAAGAAGGCAACUACGAAUUUUGUUCGUCGAACAUUAAAAAGACUGAGAACUGCAAGUUUUACUCUUCGAAGAGAUCGAAAUGCUUGGAGUGCUUUAAUGUGUUCCAAAUGAAAGACGGGAAGUGUGCGGAGAAAUUUGAAGAGUCUCUAAAAACAUUUAAUAAAACGACUUCUAAAUAUAAUAAGUAUAAUAUAAAUAACAAGUCCAUUAAAAAAUUAGAGAUCCCUCAAAAAGUGGGUACUGAAGAAGAUGGUUGUAUAUAUAGAACUAAUAAGGGAUGUCAACACUGUCAAGAUGGAUAUUACAAAAAUAACGAAAAUUGUCUUCCAUGUGAGAAUGAAUGCAAGACAUGUUAUAACACUACAUAUUGUACUUCAUGCACGUCCGACUUCUAUUUAGACUCGAAUGGCGUCUGUCAAACGCGUGGAGAUUUCAACAAGAUUUGUAAUGUAAGUCUACCAUUGAGUAAAGGGUGUGCGAUAUGUAAUAAUGGAUAUUAUAGGGAAGGCACUGAAUGUCUUACAUGUGACGUUUCUUGUGAACUUUGCACCAACAGAGAUGGGUGUCUGACAUGUGCGGAUGGCUAUUUCUUAAUAUCAAGUGAGAGCAAAUUGUGUCAACUGAACACGACGAUAUUGAAUUGUGAGAAGGUGAAUGUCUAUGGGUGCGAGAAGUGUAUUUCGGGGUAUUAUUUAACGAAUGGGCGUUGUUCCCAAUGUAGUGAGAAUUGCACUUCCUGUCAAAGUUACGAGUUUUGUGAUGGAUGUGACACGCCCAAUUACGUUCUAGUGAACUUUAAGUGUCUUUUCUAUUCAAAAGUGGAUAACUGUAUUUCUGCGGAGGAUUCUAAAUGUAUAAAAUGCACAGGAAAUAACAAGCCAACAACUUCUGGGGAUUCUUGUCUUGCAACGAUGAACUAUGGAGUUGUUGUGGGAGUCCCAAUAUCAGUGGUAUUACUCUUAGUACUUUUAAUAGUAUGUGUGAUAGUAACAAUACUAUACAUAUUGAUGAAACGGAAAGAAAAGGUGAAGAUGGAGAAUGUCUGUGUGUUCCGUAUGAGUCGCUCCAAUAUCCAAAUGACGCGCAUUUCUGAUGUUCUUUUAACGAACAAAAAUGUGCUGAAAUUUGAUUUGGAGAGCGACAAUUUAAUUCCAGUGGACGAAGAGACCAGAGACCUCAUCUGCAUUGGGAACGGCACCAAACACGUUCUGAAGGUGCAAUUUUCUGUGAUGGAUGGGUGCGACUUCUAUGAGAUCCGCACGGUCCCAUCUUUAGUGACAUUGAAGAAAGAUGAGGCGUGUGAGUUUGAGAUAUUCAUUAAACCUCUUUGUUCUGGGAAUAUUUCAGAGGCAUUUACAGUGACUGCUUUAAAUAUAGAAACUGGCAAAAUGUAUGUAGAUAAGAUGAAGAUGGAGGUGGAUACAGAGCAGUCGACGAAAUUGAAUUAUCGGGAGUUAAUAGAAGAGUCCAAACUUGGAGAAGGAUCGUUUGGUAUAGUAUACAGAGGGAAGUUCAGAGGACAUGAAGUGGCUAUUAAGAAGAUGAAAGAGAUGGGAGAUGGAGAUACUGGGCUGAUGCUAGACGAGUUUAAUAACGAAGUUUCAAUGUUGAAUAAGUUUAGGAGUGAGUAUAUCGUUCACUUCUAUGGAGCUGUAUUUAUACCGAGUAAGAUAUGUAUGGUCACUGAAUUUGCACAAUAUGGAAGUCUACAAGACUUGAUGAAACAUAAGAAGGAGAGUGCAAUUAAUAUAAAAAUGAAGACUAAAAUACUGUUGGAUGCAACGAAGGGAAUUGUCUAUUUACACGAGAAUGGGAUAUUACAUAGAGACAUUAAACCAGACAAUAUACUCAUUUUUACACUGGAAUUUGACGCGAAAGUGAACGGGAAAUUGACUGAUUUUGGGAGUAGCAGAAAUAUUAAUAUGAUGAUGACUAAUAUGACAUUCACUAAAGGGAUUGGAACACCAGCAUAUAUGCCGCCAGAAGUUCUGAAACAAGAAAAAUAUAAAAAGUCUGCAGAUGUCUACGCGUUUGCUAUUACUAUGUAUGAGGUCUUUGGCUGGAAAGAAGCGUUUGGAAAAGAAACAUUUAGAUACCCGUGGAAGAUAGCUGAGUUUGUUACAAGUGGAAAACAUUUGGAAAAGAAGGAAAAUAUGACGAAAGAACAAUAUGAGUUAAUUGAUAAGUGCUGGAAGACAAGAGAAAGUGAAAGAAUUGAAGCUACAGAGAUCGUCACCGGACUUACUACACUUUUUAACUCAAAUUUGAUUUAA